AAUGUCAUUCAGUUUUCACCUUUCGGCAGAAGCGGACGCGAAAUUCCCGUAAAUCAAGAACGAAAACAAGACGAAAAUAGUCGAACAAAUCGCAUCCAAUCAACUGAAUUGAAGAUGCCUUGCCGACCAAGCCCUUGCUGCAAGCCUCGUUGCUCGCCCUGCAAGAGGUUCUACCCUCCCGGCGGACCGUUUCUAAACUCCCGAUGCCACCCAACCUGCGGGCCCUGGUUCGCGAUGUGUGAGCCGUGCUUCCCGUGUGGACCCCGCUGCUGGGGACCAGGUGCGUGCUGUGGCCGCAUCGAGUUCUACGACCGCUAAAAUGGCUUUUCUUCCUCGAAUAAACGCACGAUUUGUUACGAACUAAA